AUGGAUUGCUCUGAUCCUGCAAGUAAAAAGGCAAAAUCUGCGACAGGGUGUGCUAUUAGGAGGAAGCCUCGGAUUCUACUUGCUGCUUGUGGAAGUGUUGCUGCUGUAAAAUUUGGGCAUGUUUGUCGAUGCUUUGCAGAAUGGGCGGAAGUAAGGGCACUAGUCACAAAAUCAGCCUUGCGUUUUAUUUCUGAACAAACAUUUCCCAAGGAUAUUAAUGUAUUUUGGGAUGAUAAUGACUGGAACACUUGGAAAAGGAUAGGCGAUCGUGUGCUUCAUAUUGAGCUUAUUAGAUGGGCUGAAAUUCUGGUCAUUGCUCCAUUGUCAGCAAAUACUCUUGGCAAGAUCGUGGCAGGGUUAUGUGACAAUCUUCUGACAUGUAUUGUGAGAGCAUGGGACUACAGCAAGCCACUUUUUGUUGCACCAUCCAUGAACUCUAUUAUGUGGAAAAACCCUUUCACAGAGCGGCAUUGCAUUGGCAUUGAUGAGCUUGGCAUCUCUCUCAUCCCACCUGUCACAUAUAGGAAAGCUAAUGGGGACAUUGAGCAUGGAGCAAUGGCUGAACCCUCUACAAUAUACUCGACUGUGAGACUUUUUUAUGAGUUAAAGAUGCAGAAAAAUGAAUAG